AUGCAUACGUGGACUGCCCCAGACGGUAAGACGAAAAGUCAAAUCGACCAUAUAAUUAUUGACAAGCGACACCGAACAAGCAUAAAAAACGUCAGAAGCUAUAGGGGUGCGGAUGGGGACACAGACCACUUCUUAGUGAUAGCAAGUCUAUCGUUAAAACUGUCAACGAUCUGGAGAAAAAAGCAACAACCUAAUACAGCACAUAAACUAGAUAGAAGUAAAUUAAGAGAUCAAAAGGAAAUCAUGAAAUACCAAAACAAAAUAAAAGAAGGAUUGAACAGCCUUAACAUAAGACAAGGAGAUUUGAGUAAUAUCAUAGAGUGGACCCAAAUAAAGGAAUCACUAAUUAAAGCAGCAGAAACUCUCCGAGAUACCAAGGGAAAAAAGUUUCACGCAAGGUCAAAUAGAAUAAUUAGGCAAAAGAAAAGAGCAUCAGAAAAAAAUGCCCUAAAUGACAUUGAGUCAUAUAAAAAGGACCCGAAAAUGUUCUUUGAAAAAUGUAAAUCAAUAAAAGAAGGCUUUAAAUCUCGUACCUAUCUUAUGACUAAUGACGAUGGCAACCUCAUAUCAGACCCUAAAAUGAUCAUAGACAAGUUUCAAACAUAUUUUGAGAAUCUAUUAAAUAAUAAACCAGACGAUGAAACAAACAAUACAGAUGGAUCUGGAAAACCGGCUGAGGAUCAAAUAUAUGUUACAGUGGAACCAGAAGUGCCGGAACCUAGUUUGGAGGAGAUUAAAUCAAUAGUGGAAUCACUGAAGAACAACAAAGCUCCAGGAGAGGACAACAUAAAUCCGGAGUUACUCAAACUUGCUGGCCGAGACCUCCUGGAAAACCUAUACAAAACCAUCUCAACUAUAUGGGAGCAAGAAAAACUAGAAAAGGGUUGGAACACCGCUAUUAUUUGCCCGAUUUACAAAAAAGGAGACCCCAAGAAAGUGGAAAAUUACCGUGGCAUAUCCCUUUUGGACACUUCUUACAAGGUCUUGUCAAUAGCCGUUUUACAUAGACUUGAAAAAUUUUCAACAGAAAUAAUCGGCGAAUACCAGUGUGGUUUCAUGAAAGGAAAGUCCACUACUGACCAUAUAUUCACCCUUAGACAGGUUAUGGAAAAAUAUUAUGAAUAUGACAAAGAUUUGCACAUGAUUUUCAUCGAUUUCCAGCAAGCUUAUGAUAGCAUUAUUAGAGACCGGCUAUGGUGA